AUGCGUGCGCGCCCCCGGACGUCCCGCCCCGCCCCCUCUGCCGCCCGCGAGCCGGGAGGCGUGCGCGCCCCCGGACGCACCGAGCCGGGCACUCGGAAAGGCGUCCCCGCGGUGCCUGAAAGGUCUUUACUCCGCGCGGGCCUCGUGGGUGGCGAGUGGCGUGGAGUCUGGAACUAUCAGAAGCGCCCUGUUACGAGAGGCGGUGCAGGGAGACCACCCCGGAAAGAACGGAGGGCAGUUGGGGGGCUGGGGUUAUUUCGGGCAGUCAGGUGGGCGACCCGCAGGGGCGUCUGGAAGGCCCGCGUCGUUAGGGAGCGUAGGAGCGGCGUUUCUGGUUACGGGGUCGGGCAAAGGGCAAAGGUCAGCCUCCUGGUUGGAGAGCACCUCCUUUUUUGCCAUGGCGGCGUCUGGGGAACCCGGCCGGCAGUGGCAGGAGGAGGUGGCGGCGGUGGUAGUGGUGGGCUCCUGCAUGACCGACCUGGUCAGGUUGGCAAAGAUUCUUUUGGCAAUGAUUAUAUAGAAAACUUAAAACAGAAUGAUAUUUCUACAGAAUUUACAUAUCAGACUCAAGAUGCUGCUACAGGAACUGCUUCUAUAAUUGUCAAUAAUGAAGGCCAGAAUAUCAUCAUAAUAGUGGCCGGAGCGAAUUUACUUUUGAAUACUGAAGACGUGAGGGAAGCAGCCAAGGCCAUCAGCAGAGCCAAAGUAAUGAUCUGCCAGCUAGAAGUAACUCCGGAAACUUCUUUGGAAGCCCUGACCAUGGCCCACAGCAAUGGAGUGAAAACAUUGUUCAAUCCAGCUCCUGCCAUUGCUGACCUGGAUCCUCGCUUCUACGCCCUCUCGGAUGUGUUCUGCUGCAAUGAAACUGAGGCUGAGAUCCUAACUGGCCUCACGGUCAGCAGCCCUGCAGACGCUGGGAAGGCUGCACAGGUGCUCUUGGAAAGGGGGUGCCAGGUCGUAAUCAUCACCUUAGGUGCUGAAGGCUGUGUGAUGCUGUCACAGACAGAACCUGUCCCAAAGCACAUCCCUACAGAGAAGGUCAAGGCUGUGGAUACCACGUCGCCUGAAUUUGAGAGGUUCCUUCUGAGUUCUGAAAUCGACCCUGCAUGAGACUAAAACGAGUCCAGGUCCUGAACUACAGCAGAAAAGUUUACUCUUCCGUUGCUAAAAAUGAAGGACCCUCAUGAAGAUGUCGGGCCUACGUAUCUACCCCGAAAGAGACUCAGCCUCUGCUUUGGGUGUCUGUGUCAGCCACAGCUCCUUUCCCCACAAGCACCAAAGCACAACUGGAAUGGGCCUACACGGGAAUAGGGAUGUAUUCGGUGCACCUGGCUGAGAGUCCGAAGGUACGGCCGAGGGCAGAAGUGAAGCCAUGUCAUGGGGGCCCACUCACCCCCUCCCUGUUGGCUCUGCCUGCCUUGCGGUGCUGGGCUUUGAGCUCAGGCGGGCCCACUCCUGGGAGUGGUCCCAGACAGCUGUCCGCCCACACAGUGCCCCAUGUCGUGUCCCCAUCCCUGGUGUCAAAUAAAAAUCAAAGAACUCUCAUCAGAGGAUGGGAAGCGGAUGUCGGUCAUACAAAAACAAGCCCCGCCUGGAAUGGGGAACCUCACAGAACACGCAUAUGGAAAUGCCUUGCCUGGGCAUGGGACAAAGUGAUGGAGACACCAGCCUUGGAAAUGUUCAGAUUUGAAUCGAUAGUCAUUAUCCUCAGAGCCAUUUCAUGUUGAAGGAUUGGAUUUCCUAGAUAGUGAUGGAUUGCGUCUUGAGCAUCUUCAAUACAGCAGGGUGCACAAGGAGGUUUUCACACUUUGCUGAUACUGUUUUGUGCCCUUUCAUUUGGUUUCUUAGCAUGUGCACUUAAGUUUUUGGUUUCAGGAAAGUUGAAACACAGUGAGAGCUCAGAGGAGAAAAGAUUACUUAAAUGCUUGGAGGCAGGAGGUAGAGCACAGGAUCAUGAAAAUCGGGGCACUGGAUUGGGAUCAGUGAAUUUUUCCGUCAAGGGCCAGACAGUAAAGUUUUAGGUUUCAUGGACCUUAUGCAUACACGCUCUGUCACAACUGCUCACCUCUGCCAUUGUAGCAUGAAAGCAGCCAUAAACAACUUUGUAUGCUAUCCAAAAUGAAGUUGGUAUUAAUCCAAACUAGACUGUUUUAAGUUAAGAUGUUAACCGGAAUCACCAGUGCAAUCACUAAAAAAAGAACUCAAAAAAAGAAGAAAAAAAAGGCGCCUGGGUGGCUCAGUCGGUUAAGCGAAAGACUUCGACUCAGGUCAUGAUCACAUGGUUCAUGGAUUCAAGUCCCGCGUCAGGUUCUGUGCUGACAGCUCAGAGCCUGGAGACUGCUUUGGAUUCUGUGUCUCCCUCUCUCCUGCCCAUACCCUGCUUGCUCUCUGUCUCUAUGUCUCAAAAAUAAAUAAACAUUUUUAAAAAAAUUUUUUUUUAAAAACCUGAAAGAAACAAAAGAAUUACCAUGGUACACUUCAAAAUAUCUAUUUAACGGGCACCUGGCUGGCUCAUUCGUUAAGCAUCUGACUUCUGCUCAGGUCAUGAUCACACAGUUGGUGAGUUCAAGCCCUGCAUCGGGCCAACUCGAGCUCCACUUCUCUCUCUCUCUCCCUCUCUUAAUCCCUCUCUCUCUGCCCCUUCUGGGAUUCUCUCUCUCUCUCUCUCUCUCUCUCUCUCUCCCCCCACCCCCCUGUCUCUCUGUCUCAAAAACAAAAAAAAAAUUAACACAAAAGAGGGCAGGAAUGGAGGAAUAAAGAAGGUACUGGAAGAUUAUGCUGUUGUAAACUGAGGGAUAAAACCAGGCCGGAGGGACAUAAGGGAUCCAGGAAGCAGACAGUGCCACAGAGGAGAGAAGCCGGGGUGGUGAAGGGAAGUCCCAGGGCAGCAGCUACGCAGCAGGCCCCGCAACCAGGCGGGUCCCAGUCCCCAAGAGAGCAGGAGAGCGGAGAGCCCUGGAGGAGCGACUCCCAGAAACAAAAGCAAAAACAGGAAAGGACAAAGAAGGAAAUAGCAGAAUACCCAUGUGUUGGCAUAUGACCAAAGAUUUUUAGUUUUCUUGCAGAAUUUGAGGAUGAAGUAGCAAUUAAUUAUGUUGAAAACUGUGGAAAUGAAAAAAAAGGGGGCAAAUAUUUUUGCUCUACGUCAUCUGCAGUCUCAGGGUAAAAGUAUGAUUAAGUAAAUAUUCGCACGCCACGUGGCUGUAAAGGCAUAGUCCUAACAGCGCAAGUGCCGAUUCUUGAUUUAACCAAAAAUAGAGAUUAGAAUCCUGUUUUGAAGAUAGAAGGAUAAAGUGAGUGUGUGGUCUGUGUGCACCUGGGGAAGAGAAGAGAGCUGAAUGCUCAUUCUCCGUAGUUGGGAGUCAAGAGAGAAUAUCGGAAACUGAUUUUUAAAAACAGCAGUAUAAGCAUAUGACCAGAGGGAGAAGAUGAAUACCAGAAGAAACUUAAAGGGAAUUUAAAGUAUUUGCCUCAUGGAAAUGGUUCAAGAGAGAGAUGGGGUGUUUACUCCUUAAGCGUUGUCUUUUUACACUAUGUAUAUGGAUGGCUUUGGUUUUUUUCCUAAAUGACAAAACACGAUGAGAUACCACUUGUCACCCGCUAGAAUCAAAAACAGUCAUGAGCGUACCUGGGACAUGGAAAAAUUAGAACCCUCAAACGAUGCCAGUGGGAAGGUAAAAUAGUGUGGUCGCUUUGGGAAACAGUCUGGAAGGGCUGCGAAAAGUUAAUUUUCUAGUUACCAUAGGACCCAGCAAUUGUCCUUCUAGGUCUGCACCCAAGAGAAAUGAAAACACGUGCCCACACAAAAACCUGUACACGAAUGUUUCUGGCAGCAUUGUUCCCGAUAGCCCCAAAUCGGAAACAACCUGACUUUGAACAGCAGAUGACUGGUUAGACAGAUUGAGGCACCUACAUAUAAUAGACUGCUGUUCAGCCAUAAAAUGGAAUACUGAUACAGGCUACAGUGUGGAUGAACAUCCAGAACAUUACGCUAAGUGAAAGAAGACAAACCUAAAGCCACAUAUUAUAUGCUUCCAAGUAUAUGCCAUGUCCAGAAUAGGUAAAUCUAUAGAAACGGAAGGUAGAUGGAUGGUCACUGGCAGCUGGGGAGAUGGGGUCAGGAGACUAAUGAAUGCAUAUGGGGGUUCCCCUCUGGGGUGAGGAAGACAUUCUGGAAUUAGAUAGUGGUGAUACAUAGACAACCUUGUGGAUACCCUGAAAACCAGUGAAUUGUUCACUUUUAAAGGGUGAGUUUUGUGGUAGGUUAGAAUUAUAUCAAUUUAGAAAACAAAGGUCAAACAAUAACAAAAAGAUCCACCUAGGCACUUCACCCGUGGAUGGAUACUCUUGUGAUAAAGAAUCUUCCACUUCAUUGCUCUACUGAAUCUACUGAAUGGGCUCUCAACAUCCCCCAGCGGAGCAGAGGUGACACGGGAAACAAGGGUGGUUAUUUUCUGGGGGUCAAAUCUCCCUUAGCCUUUUAUAUGCUCUUUGUCCUCUCAUCCUGCCCUCUCAUCAUUAAAAUCUUUGCCUGUUCUGCACAUACCUGUUCG